UACAGUAUGAUUAGUUUUUACCGGUAAUCAAAAAUCACAAGUACCCACAUCAUGCUAAUGCAAUUUCUCCUCCAUUUUCGCGGGUCUGCAUUGGAAAUCCAAUGAACAGAACAAACAGAUUGAAGAAAAAAUGAGUUGAUUCUGUGUUCAAAUCUUGUAAUUAUUCUGUUUCUAAGAAUGCCCAUUAGUUCACUUGGUUUAUUUCAGGAUCUCUCUCUCGAAGCUAAUGUAUGUAGGUUUCUAUGGAUUCUGAAACUGUUGAUUCGUCGUCCCAACUUUCUGCUCAACCUUCUUCAACCGAGCCUCCUGCUAAAGUUUCUAAUGCUGAAAAUCCAUCCAUAGUUUCUAACCACGAGUCCCAAUCUCCGGCCAAUGCUGAAGCUUCUGUGCAUGCUGCGCCUAUGUCUGAUGGUAAGACUGGUGAAAUACCUUCUUCAGGCGUAUCACCUCGCGGUAAAGGUUCAAAUCUGCCACAGCCAACGCGGCCACCAGCAGACUCACAAAUUGGAGGUUUUGGGACAACAUUUGCUCGUUUGACUAGCGGCCUUGGAUUGAAUUUUACUGCAACGAUUCUUGGACAAAAUGGGAGUUCUCAAGAGAGUGUGUCAUCUGCACAAACUGGUGUUUUUGAAUCUUUGACUAAAGGUUUGGUUGAUUCUUCUCGAAGUGCUGUGAAAGCGGUGCAGGUCAAGGCACGUCAUGUAGUGUCUCAAAAUAAACGUAGAUACCAGGAAGGAGGGUUUGAUUUGGAUAUGGCUUAUAUCACUGAAAAUAUAAUAGCUAUGGGGUUUCCUGCUGGUGAUUUAAGCUCUGGACUUUUUGGAUUCUUUGAGGGGUUCUAUCGAAAUCACAUGGAAGAAGUGAUCAAUUUCUUUGAGACUCAUCAUAAGGGAAAAUACAAAGUAUACAAUCUUUGUUCUGAGAGAUUAUAUGACGCAUCGAGGUUUGAGGGGAAGGUUGCAUCUUUCCCGUUUGAUGACCAUAAUUGUCCUCCCCUUUAUCUCAUAACAUCAUUCUGUAUGAGUGCAUACUCUUGGUUGAAGGAGGACAUUGAAAAUGUGGUGGUAGUACAUUGUAAAGCUGGUAUGGGCAGGACAGGUGUAAUGAUAUGUAGCCUCAUUCUAUACUUGAAGUUCUUCCCAACUGCUGAUGAAGCCAUUGAUUACUUCAACCAGAAAAGAUGCGUGGAUGGAAAGGCUCUAGUUCUCCCUAGUCAAAUUAGGUAUGUCAAAUACUUUGAACGUAUCUUAACGUACUUUAAUGGAGAGAAUCAGCCUGCACGAAGGUGCAUGCUUAGGGGAUUUCGGCUUCUCAAAUGUCCGUAUUGGAUAAGACCGUCUAUUACCAUUUCUAAUCAUACCGGAGUUCUGUUCUCAACAAAAAAGCAUCCCAAAACAAAGGAUUUAAUGCCGGAAGAUUUCUGGAUUAGUGCACGAAAGAAAGGCAUGGUGGUAUUUGCUCUACCCGGGGAGCCAGGCCUCACUGAGUUGGUUGGGGACUUCAAAAUCCACUUUCAUGAUCGCCAUGGAGAUUUCUACUGUUGGUUAAACACAACAAUGACAGAGAAUAGAAAAACACUAGAUGCGUCUGAUCUCGAUGGUUUUGAUAAGAGAAAGUUACCUUCACCAGGUUUCCAAGUUGAAGUUGUGAUGAUUGACUAUGAUGGUACUUCAGCAGGACGGUCUAACCCUGAUUCUCCGAAUAAGGGACCGGAUGGUACUACAGCGUCAGGUUAUGAUCGGAAGCCAAAUCCUACAGUUAGUUUAAAUCAAAGAAAAGUCUCCGAGAAUGAAGAUGAUGUGUUCUCCGACAGCGAGGGAGAAGAAACUGGUACUCCAAAAAGUAGGCAAGCUACUGCUUCCGGAGUUGGAUCAGCACAAUCUGCUCACGCAUCAAACACUCCAGAGCAAAUGAGGAGCGUAACACACGGAACUGCAAAAAUGUCUCUUGGGAGUCGAGAACCUUUGCGUAGUAACUAUUCCAAGGAAUCAAGUAAAGAUGGAAACGAGAAAUCUACCUCGGGCCUUGGAAUAAGUAACGCAGAAUCUGAAGGAGCCAGUGAUUUUAAGGCAAUGGCUGCUGAUGCUUCAGUUUUUUCAUUCGGCGACGAAGAAGAUUAUGAAAGUGAGUAAAAGCUGGGGACUUAGUGUACUUAAAUGUGUGGAGAAGCAAGUGCAUCGAGUUCUUUGUGAGCAAAAUUGCUAGAUUUUGGAGGGAAAUUGUAUGUUGAUUAAAUUCAUCUCUCAUUUUUUUAUAGGAUUUAUGUCCAUUCUUUUCCGUUUCCUCAUUUAUUUA